CCCAUUUCAAGCAGCAAAACUAGGAAAAAACAAGAAAAACACACACACACACACACAAAACCCUUCAUCUCCCAGAAAUGGUGAAGACAGAAACCAAGCUUUCAACAUCAUCAUCAUCUUCUUCUUCAUCGUUGUCGUCGUCAUCAUCGCGGAAAAACCCAAUCCCCCAAUGCAAUAAGAGAUUCAAGGGAGUGAGGAUGAGAAGCUGGGGAUCAUGGGUUUCCGAGAUCAGAGCGCCCAAUCAGAAAACGAGGAUUUGGCUCGGCUCCUACUCCACGGCGGAGGCGGCGGCGCGUGCCUACGACGCCGCGCUUCUAUGCCUCAAGGGAUCCUCCGCCAAUCUCAACUUCCCCUCAUCUUCGAAGAAUCUCAUCAACACCACCGAUCAAAACAUGUCGCCCAAAUCCAUACAGAGAGUCGCCGCCGCCGCCGCCAAUGCCGGGGUUCUAGAAGGUUCCCGAAACCCUAGCCCUCCGUCUCCGAGCUCGACGUCGAGCGAGAGCGAGUCGCCCUCGCUGUCGUCAUCGUCUCCGAGCCGGAUAGAAGACGACCGGAUUUCGGCGGCGGCGGCACCGUAUGAGGUGCAGAUGGAGGAGCCGAGCAUGGCCGCGUGGUACAACUUUGAUUCCCCGAAGUACAAUGAGAUGCUUAAUGGGGUGUUUUUUGAUCCUUUGAUGAUGGAGGAUUAUUCGUAUGAAGAUGGAGAUAUUCCUCUGUGGAGCUUCUGUUGAAGAUUCGAGUCUUUUUUUCUCUCUUUAUUAUAUAUAUUUGUUGUUUAUUUGUUCAUUCAUUGGAUGAUCUUCAGUUUAUUUCAUGAAGACAUUACUGACUUAGGCCAAAUUAUACAUAUAUAUUUUUGAAUUUUUUAUUAAUUGUUUGGGGGUUUAAUUCGGAAAAGUAUAGUACUAUGUUUUAUUGGCUCUUUAAAGUAAAGUUUGAUUUAAGUUGAUUUAUGCAAUA